UUUAUCCUUUAACCCGAAACAACAACAACCAACAUGGCGGCGGUCAACUUGAGCGAAGGCGAAUGGCGAGCGAAGCUGAGCCCAGAACAAUUCCGCGUGCUGCGGCAAAAGGGAACGGAGCGUGCGGGUACGGGUGCGUACAACAAGCACAAGGCUGAAGGCGUGUACACAUGCGCCGGCUGCGACGCGCCGCUGUACACGUCCGCGCACAAGUUUGAUUCGGGCUGCGGGUGGCCGGCAUUCUUCGAUGCGAUUCCCGGGGCGAUCAAGGCCGUGCCGGACGCCGACGGUUCUCGCACGGAGAUCGUGUGCGCCAACUGCGACGGUCACAUGGGCCAUGUCUUCCGCGGCGAAGGCUUCAAGAACCCCACGAACGAGCGCCACUGCGUCAACUCGGUGUCGAUCAACUUUCAAUCUGCCGACAAAUAAGUCUACGAAAAACCCACAUCAUCGGUGGUAUAUCUGCGCUAACGUUACGUAAUUCAUCCUAAUACAAUCUGAAUGAUACAUCAACAUGCAA